CGUGCAGGCUCCGCCAGAGACCGUCCCCGGAAACUACACUCUAUUUAUAAAAGUCUGUUUUUACUGCUUUAUUUUCACAGAGUCGUUUCAAGGAGGCGUGAAUAAGUUAUUCAGUGUGGGAGACUUAAUGAAAUAGGGAACUGGGAGAGAUGGGCUCCCAGGUGAGGCUGAGGCUGCUGCCCAGUGCCAGGUGUCUGUUCGACGAGCCCGUCCAGGUGAAGGUGUCCGGGCUCAUGUCCAAGCAGGUGGUCACCAUGAGAGCCAGGUCCUCCGACGAGAAGGGGGUCAUGUUCAGCUCUUCAGCCACCUACAGGGCCGAUGGCAGCGGGGAGAUCGACCUGGACCGUGACCCCUCGCUGAGUGGAAGCUACGUGGGGGUGGAGCCCAUGGGUCUCCUGUGGUCCAUGAAGGCAGACGUCUUACACAAAAGGUUUCAGAGGACAAACUCGCUAAAUCCCCACGUGGUGAACUUCUCCGUGCACGAGGAGGAAGGCAGGAUGCUGGCGGAGGAGAUCAAUGAGAGAUGUCUGAUCAGAGACGGGGUCAGCAGGGUUGCUGUCAAAGAUGGCAAUAUCCGGGGAGUCCUGUUUACUCCUCCAGGAGACGGGCCGUUCCCAGCUGUGUUGGACCUUUACACAUUCGGCGGAGGCUUGUCGGAGAAGAGGGCCUCUCUGCUGGCCAGCCGAGGAUUUGUGGUCCUAACUCAAGCUCUGUAUGGUCACAGUGACCAGCCCAAGACCAUCAAAGAGAUCCAUCUGGAGAGUUUUCAAGAAGCUAUAGAGUUCUUACAGAAACAAGAAAAGGUGGGCAGUAAAGGAGUUGGUGUAAUAUCCCUUUCUAAAAGUGGAGAUCUCGCUCUGUCAGCGGCCUCUUACUUGGAAGGCGUGGAGGCCGUUGUCUGGAUCAAUGGCUGCUCAGCUAAUACAGUGUUUCCCCUCUAUUACGAGAAAAAACAAAUCCUCCCUCCGUUAAUGUUUGACUUUGAGAAAGUGAUUCCCACCGCCUCAGGGGCCACCAUUCCCAUACACGCUGUACACGAUCCUCUAGAGGAGAAGAACAAGGCCACGCUAAUCCCCAUUGAACGGGCCAAAGGUCGGUUCCUGUUUGUGGCGGCGGAGGACGACCUCAACUGGGACAGCAAGGGUUACAUGGAAGAGAUGAUGGAGAGACUGAUGCGCCACGGGAACAAGAACUUUGAGGGGCUUUGUUACGUAGGAGCUGGGCACUAUUUAGAGCCGCCUUAUGGGCCGUACUGCCCAUCCAGCUUCCAUGGGCUUGUAGGAAAGCCAGUGAUGUGGGGGGGUGAGCCCAGAGCCCACGCAGCAGCUGAGGUCGACCUGUGGGGGAGGGUUCAGGAGUUCUUCAGAAAUUACGUAAGCUGCGAUGCUUCUCAGACCAAAGCCAAGUUGUAGACUCAUGAUAGUCAAAACACCCAAAACAGCACAGUCCUGGCUGUCGCCAAUCGAUUUUGUCCACCCUUUGAUCACAUCUUUUUUUUAAUUCCAUUAUUGUGCUAUUGAGAUGAAAAAUGAUUUCCAAGUACUUCUGGACCUUACGGUGCAUAUACCGUAUUUUCCGCACUAUAAGGCGCACCAAAAAGCCUUUAAUUUUCUCAAAAACCGGCAGUGCGCCUUAUAUAUGAUCAUUACGGUAAUUUCUGUUACUGUAGUCAGGGGGAUUGUAGCUACUGUAGUUGGUGUCGCCAAAGUAUUGGUGCUAAAAACGUCAGGAAUCGUCACAGACGUUCAAGACAACAGCAGCGACGCUGACUCGCAUAAUGGCGACUGUAACGAGACGGAGCAAAGCUGGUUUUUAUUUUGUUAAUAAAGUUUGACAUACGGUACUUUUCUUCUUUUUUUUUUCUUUUUGUAUUUGCUGUAGGAUUUUGUAGCAUUUCCUGUAGCGCAGCUCCAUCAGGUAGAUACGUAACUCAAACCCAGCCACUAUAGUACGGUAUUUUACCAUAUAUUUAGUGCGCCUUAUAAUGCGGUGCACCUUAUAUAUGGAAAAGGUUUUAAAAUACGUAAUUCAUCGCCUUAUAGUGUGGAAAUACGGUACACACAUUGCAUUUAUGAAUGUAACAUUUAAAAUGUGUUUAUUUCGACAGCUCCAAUCAGUCCAUAUAGUGCAGAUGCAGGUUAAAUCGUGUGGUCCUCCAUCAAAGAAGAGCUGCUGCUGCAUGAAAGCUGAAAAAAAAUGUUUGGCAUGUGAUUUUGAUGCCAAAGAACUCAUAACAGAUUUCAGACGCAAACCACCCCCCAAAACACCCCUACUCAUCUCUGGACAACCUAUCACAAUCACAGACUCCUACAAGUUCCUGGGCAUUCAUAUCAGCAACACACUCAAAUGGGACCUCAACACAAGCCAUAUAAUAAAAAAGGCCAACCAAAGACUAUUCCACCUCAGGCAGCUCAAGAAAUACAAAGUAAAACGCAAUCUCCUCCUUCAGUUCUACACAGCCAUCCUAGAAAGCAUCCUCACAGCUUCCAUCUCAGUCUGGUACGGCAGUCUGGACACCCACUCACGCAGCAAACUCCAACGUAUCAUAAAAAAAGCAUCUCUAAUUACAAACACCCCCCCUCCCAUCACUUGAUUCACUUUACCAUAAACGCACAAUAACAAGAGCACAUAAAAUAAUCUCUGAUUCAACACACCCAGCUAACCACCUGUUUCAACUGUUGCCCUCUGGCAGACGCUUUAGGUCCAUUUCAAUAAAAACAACCCAUUUCAAUAAAAACAACCCGGUUCAAAAACAGCUUUUUUCCCACUGCCAUCAGGCUACUGAACUCCACUCAUCUCCAUACUCCAUUUGUGUUAAAUGUAUAGUCUGUAUGUAAAUGUCUGCUUUAAUGUCGAUGUCUGCUCAUGUAUGUUAAAUGUAUAAACUGAUGUCUGUUGCCACAGUACUAUGUGCUGGCACUAUGCGGUGCCGAAAGCAAAUUCUGCCGACUUGUUGUGCAGUCCUUAAUAAAUGAAUUGAAUUGAA